AUGUUGGAGGCUGCGGGGGCUGCGAAGGCUGUUACUGCUACCCUUGGACUACACUAUUACAAUCUACCAGAACGCCACCGGCACCAGCAGCACCUCCACAUAGCUUCCAACUUAAAGGGCAACUCACUUGCCCCGCACGUGGUAGCCCCGAAGAAAGCGGCUUUACUGGAGGCAGAGACCGAGCUUCAACAACAGAUGAACACGCUGAACGCCAAGCGAGCCCAGCUCCAGGGUGUCCUCGACAAGUUGCAGGCACUGAACGACGAAUUCGCAGAAAUGACUCGCAAGAAAAAGGGUCUCGAAGAUGAGAUCGAGCUAUGUUCGACGAAGUUAACUCGAGCCGAACAGCUGAUCGGCGGCCUGGGCGGGGAGAAGACCCGUUGGACGCAGUUAGCGCAUGACUUGCAGGAGGAACUCGGGAACAUUAUCGGUGAUGUGUUGUUAGCUGCCGGGUUCAUUGCGUACCUUGGGCCGUACUCUGUCGUAUACCGUCGAGAGGUACUGCAGAUUUGGAACGAACGGGCCGUGGAACUCGAAAUUCCUUGUUCAAAAUCGUUCUCGCUUAUAACGACUCUUGGAGAGCCAGUGGUGAUACGAGCGUGGAAUAUCGCCGGUCUGCCUGUGGAUGCGUUCUCGAUUGAGAAUGGUAUUAUCGUCGCACAGGCUCGAAGAUGGCCACUUAUGAUUGAUCCUCAAGGUCAGUUUUUAACUGUACUAUUACUAGCUUUCCAUCAUUGA